GCGGAGGAUGAGAGAGACGACUGCGGCGGCGGUAGGGAUCCUCGGAGAGCCACGAGAAGUGCGCAAGCGCACUGAACCCUCCGAGCCCUAGCAACCAGAGCAGUGACAGUAGCAACCGCCGCGAUGGCAAAAGCAACAACAAUCAAAGAAGCCCUAGCCAGAUGGGAAGAGAAAACCAGUCAGAAGCCGUCUGAAGCCAAGGAGAUAAAGCUUUACGCCCAGAUUCCCCCUAUAGAGAAGAUGGAUGCAUCCUUGUCCAUGCUGGCUAAUUGCGAGAAGCUUUCACUGUCUACGAACUGCAUUGAAAAGAUUGCCAAUCUGAAUGGCUUAAAAAACUUGAGGAUAUUGUCUUUAGGAAGAAACAACAUAAAGAACUUAAAUGGACUGGAAGCAGUAGGGGACACAUUAGAAGAACUGUGGAUCUCCUAUAAUUUCAUUGAGAAGUUGAAAGGCAUCCAUGUAAUGAAGAAAUUGAAGAUUCUCUACAUGUCCAAUAACCUGGUGAAAGACUGGGCUGAAUUUGUGAAGCUGGCAGAACUGCCAAGCCUGGAAGACCUGGUGUUUGUAGGCAAUCCCUUGGAAGAAAAACACUCUGCUGAGGGGAACUGGAUUGAAGAGGCAACCAAGAGAGUGCCCAAACUGAAAAAGCUGGACGGUACCCCAGUAAUUAAACAGGAUGAGGAAGAAGAAAACUAACACCACAUUUUCUGCUUUGUGUUAACUUAUUUAAAUAUUGUAUAAUUGUCUAUUUUAAAGAUUCUCUGUGGAGCGAAUGUUCUUAAGAUAAAACAAAUCUCUAAUUCCUAUUUUUUUCUUAACCUAUUUACUGUUUCUCCCCCCAAAUGGUAACACUAACUUUAUACAUUGUAGUCCGCUUUUGUUAAAGUACAAAUUUUCAGUUUUUGUUCGGUCUCCAUCUGCUGAAAUCUUUGUAGAGCGACCAAUCAUUUUUAACAACAAAGAAACAAAUGGGCUCUUCCUUUCAUUGUUUUUAGGUCAGGCAUUUAAAUAUAUAUACUUAACUUUUGACCCUGUAGACCGUCUUUCCUGAAGGUGCGUCUCCUUAUGAUUCAGAAGCACAAACGUGUCGUGCCCUCGGUUCAGGAGGCAGCACGGGGACCGGAAGAGCUGCUCUCAGACGCUCAGCAGCAGCCGUAGAAGCAAGACUCCAAGUCAUAGUGAAAAAAAAUAUGCAGCGAAAAAGAGAAAAAUUAAUAUCUCAGAGGCCUUAUAGCCCAUGUUUAUGUUUACUUACUUGUUUUUCAAAAAAUGCGUACAUUGUCAACUGGAAUUUAGGCCGUGUGAAUAUUGUGGCCACUCGCGUCACUGCGCACAGCAGUCAGUCAAUCUGCAGUGCAGGUCAGUGGUUAACGUGACUGUCGCUAUCAUUCUUCUGACCAACACCGGUCAUGUCACUUGCGUGGGCCUGAUCUGAGGCACGCUUUGGGGUUUAUAGCUCUUUAGAUGUUAUAUUAGAAAGUAUAUAUAAGCAGUAGUUAUAGUUGAAUUCCUAGUCUAAGUCUUGGCCAUUCAUAUGUCUCAAAAUUUGCCCUAAUAACUUUGGUUGAUUAAACAUUGUAUUGAGAGAAGUGACCGUUAUAAGAGUAUAAAAGUUAAAGCCUCAAUUUGAUACCUUUCAACAAAUUAAAUUUAGUAUUUUGAAAUAUAUUUUUAGAGAAUGUCUAAGUUAAACAGCUCUUAAAAUGAAUUGUGUAAGUGAUUAUAGAGGGAAAAGAGAUAUUUCAGUAUAGGAUCCCAGGCAUAUGGCAGUAUUUUUGAGGACUGCUUCCUCAGUGAAGCAUUGUAGCUGAUUAAACUCAAAAUUGCAGAGCAAGAGUUGGAUGCAGAGCUUAGAAUUUAUUAUGUAAGAAAAAAAUUCUUUAUGGAAAGUGCAAGAUACAGUGGUCAGUAACCAGACGAAGGCCACAGAGUCCAUGGCCGAAUCACUGAUAGACUGCAGCAAGGAAGUCAGAGGCCCUCUGCCAGACUGUGCCUGCAGGCCCUCAACCAGGGACUUGGUCUUCAUUUUCUCAUUUACUUGUGUAAAAUCAGUCAGAGGGAAGAACCGUUUCUAAAAAGUGAGUUCAUAAGUAGUCCAGGGUUUCAGAAGUUUUCAGUUAUCCUUUAAAUAGGAAUUAGAUGAUUUUUCAUAGUCACACUGAUCAAAAGGGACCACCGCUUCGACAAUCAAUUCUGAAAAGGAAAAAUUAACCCAACACUUUUUUAGCUACCUGUUAGCUCUUCCUCACAAUGUGACAGGAAGUAAUCUUUCCUCUGAUUGGCUUAUCCAUUCAAAGCCUCUGGGAACUUCUUUUGUGAACCAGAGGUAGUGAGCCUGCCCCUUGGUGAUUUUAAGGCACAGAAAGAAGCCAAGAGGGAAGAUGGUUUUCUUGUCGUAUGAAUUUAAUCUAGUAGGCAAGCUUGAAGCCAUAUUGCUGUAUAUGGGUACAUUUCCUAAAAGUUACUCUGGAAGUGAAAAAUAAUAGGGAAUGGUGACUGACUUCAAACUGAAUUUUUUGUAAAAUGGCUUACGUUGUUUAGGUUUCUUUUUAAAUUCUGCAAUAUAGAAACUAAUUUUAUCUGUCUCCUUGUUUCUUAAUGUCUUUUCAUCACUGGUAGUUAUGAAAGAAAUGUUAUGAAAAAAAUGUAAGGUGCUUUUCUGUGUCCAUUUCACACCAAACUCAUAUUCAGUUCUACUCAACAAAUAUUGGAAUGACUUCUAUGCAUCCUUUGCAUGGAAUGAAACCCAGAAGCCAUGCCAUUAGAAAAUGGAAGAUGGGGUAUAUUAAGAAGUUCAGAAUAUUCUCUCAAAUCAUUCCUUAGCUCAUCCUUUACUGCUGCAAAUUUAUCUGAUAUAAAUGCCUUUGAUUUAUGCAUCUUAGAGUGUUAGCCUGCUUGUGUGGAUUCUCUCUGUGCUCCUGGUUUAAAGUGUUAUGCCAUUUUAGUGGGUCAUUCAUUUAAAUUUUAUUUUUGUAAUGAUGGUAGAGCUCUGUUGUCAGUUAAGUAUUAUAAUAUUUCCACAGGAAGUUUGACUUUAGUCUAUCAACUAACAUAACUUUUCUGUGUUCCCUAAGUCUAAGCUCGUGGCUGUAUUACCUGGUCAGGUUUGAAAGGUUUUGUGUUCUCUGUUCACAGGCAUUUGUUCCUUUAAAUCAGUCACCGUUGCAGUAUCAACAUCUUGGUUCGAUAAUGUUGUGGGGGGCUGUCCUGUGUGUUAUAGGGUGUUUAGCAGCAUCUCCGACGUCUACAUAUUAGAGGUCAAGUAGAGGCUUCUUGCCACUUGUGAUAACCAAAAAUGUCUUCAUACGUUGCCAUGUGUCACCCGGGGCAAAGGGAUUGGAACAAAUUCACCCCUAUUCAAGAACCAGUGCUUUAUACCCACAUUCCUUUUGUCCAGAGUACAUUUAUUUUUCACUCUGUAGCCAGGCCACCUUAGUUGUAUGAGAGGUGAUGUAUUUAAUAAUCAUGUAUGAAAGGAAAUGGUCACUGGUGUUACCCUCUUUUGUAAUGCUCAUUUUAAUAGUUCUCACAUCACACUAGAAACUCAGGGCUGGAAGGUUCAACUUACUUUUUUUUCAGCAGGAUUUCAACUUUUAUUUCUUAGCAUUUUGCUUAUCUUAGAACAAUGAUUAUUAACCUACCUCUCUCUUAACUAUCAACAGAAUCCAAGUGUAUGGUAGAUUUUGGUUUGUCUCUAAAGCUUAACACUUUUAAGUAUAUUUUAGAAAAUUGUCAUUUUUUAAGUGUUCAUUCAUUGUCCAGUAAUGCACAGGACUUUGCAGACUGUAGCAGUCAUUAAAUACAAGAAAUAUUGUAUAAAACUUAGUAAUUGUGUAUGAAAGUUACAGGUGUAAACACGUUUUAGAUGUGAUCAGAAUGUCUGGUUACUGGAUCCAGUCCACAAAUAGAGGUGGUGUCCCUUAAAUGUGGUUCCAGUUUGGAAAGAUAAAUUUUAACUUGAAUAGAUGCUUCUUCUGAUGCCUGUUUCAAGUAGGAUAAGGAAAAGUAAGAAAUGAAUCUUAACUGUUGACUUAUUUUCAGAAUUGGUGAUGUGUAAGUAGAGCUGAAGGUAGUUAUCUUUGUGACCUAGAACCUCCCACCUGGGUUUUUCUUAGGACUACAUGGGGAAAGAGUAGAACUAGGAAGAUUGGAUUGAAUCAUUAACUUAAAAAAAAUUGGGGGGAAGUGCCAAGCAUCAAUCACAAGUUCUUAGCAUCUCUCUAACUGAAGUCUCUUAGUCACAAAGAUUUUGUAUUGUAAGUAGUGGUAAAGGGAGAAAGCGAACUGCUAAACUGAAAGUUACUCUUUACCAGAAUUUAAUUCCUUUGGCAUACAUUUUCUUUAUUUGGGCUGCUUAAUGUGUCUGUAAGUUAAGUACAAAACAAUCUUUAGUGUAGCAGAGCUGGUACUCUGACACAGCUAACUCUACCGUGUUCCUUCAUCUUCACUCCAGCAUGAGGUUGUUUUAUUUUAUUUUAUUUUUGGAAAACCACAAAAUAGGUGCAAUAAAAAAAAUUAAUAAGAGUAUUUUAAAAAAAUCACUGAACUUUAGAAAUCUCCCAUCUCUCUCUAUUCCUGCCUUUUUAUAAACUAGUGACUGCAAAGGAAGAAAACUAAAAGGAAAAACCAGACUGAGUCUUACUUUUUUCUGACCUAAGGUAAAUUUUCACUUGACACUUGGAGAAGUCAUAACUGGAUUCUAGUUAAUUUCCCGUAUUAUGAUUAGAGAGGAAGCAGCCAACCAAAUUGUGAUCUAGCAAAUUUAAUAAGGGGGUGGGGGAGAGUAAACUAUUUUUCAACAGAUUUGCACUUUAAAAUUAUGAACUGGAUGUUGGUCGAAAGUAUUUCCAAAGGGCAGAUGGGUAAAUGUCUUACGUGCAUGUGGAUAUUAGAGAAUCAAACCCUUGCUGCUAAUCUUAAGCCCCCGGAGCAACAGUUGUCUGUUGGCAUCAUCAGAGUCAGGAUUUCCUUAUUUCCCUACUUGGUGUCACCUUCCCCAUCUACCGCAUCGACAGUCUUCCUUGGGGAGACGUGUCAAGUAGAAUUCUCCUACUCAGAAACUUUAUCUUCUCCACAUCUAGAUUUUAAACAUUAAUUUAGAUGUUGGCUAAAUGAAGUUCAGGUGAGGGUUAGGAGGGUGGGGAGUUACUUGUUUCCGUGGUCAGCAGGGUAUCUGCCUCUGAGGUGCUAUUGCCUGGAGGGGUCAUUCCCACCGAAAGCCUGGGGGCCCGGGGCUGGGAGGUUCACAGGUACUGCCGGCUCUGGCUCCCGUGGUGUCAGUGGUCUCGGUCCUCAUCUCGAGUGUCAUUCCAGAAUCUUUGGCUUCUAGAACCAACUCCAUUCUGAAGAACAUUUAAUAUCUAUUAACACCUAUUAAAACUUUGGUAAUAAUCUUUUUAUAUGCAGGAAUUUUGUAGCAUGACUUUAUGACUAAACUUAAUGUGUUAAAUUAUUUAGAAAAGUUGAGUUUCUGAAUGUUAUUUUGUGAGACUUGUUUUAAAAUAGUAAUAA